AUGCCGGUGAGCAGCAAUUCAAACCCCACCCCCACGCCCAUGACCCCAUACUCAUUUUUUAGUGAACGUCGACGAAAGUGCGACAUUCCGGCAGCUGGAAGCUCGUGCGUCUAUUGCUCUGCCCGGAGACUAGACUGUAAUCGGAAAGACCUCUCCGUGUCGAAAGGAUCUUCUAUACUAGAAGAAGCACCCCGGACUGUGUCUCUCCCCGAGAAAUGCACUUUACCGGAUGAACCCCUCUGCACUGAACUGGUGGAGCUAUAUUUUGAUUAUGUGCAUGACAAGUUCCAUUCUCUCUUUCAUCGGCCAAGUCUGCUGGAAGACAUACGUCGAGGAGCAACGCCCGAAAUUUUAAUAUACGGGAUUCUCGCAUUAUCGGCACGGUUUUCAAAUCACUCUUCCUUUGCCGAAACAGAUCCUCGAGACAGAGGAAAAGGCUAUGCGAAAAGAUGUGAGCAAUUGCUCAACUUGAAUGAUGUCACUUUGACAACAAUCCAAGUUUGUGUUUUGCUCGGCGCCAUUGCUAUAGUAGAUGGUAACGCUGCCUCGGAGACCAUCUACUACUCAAUUGCAUGCCGUAUUGCACAGCUCCUUGAUCUCCCGAAUUGCGAUGCUCCAAAUCGUGUGGAAAAAGAAGUAAACACAAGAGUAUGGUGGACUCUCUGCAUGAUAGACGUCUGGUCCUCAACAGGAGUCCGACUCCCACGGCUAAUGAUCCCGCAACCAAACAUCCCCCUCCCAAUGAACGAAGCGACCUUCCUCUCCAUGACCCGCGCGCAAGGCUUCACAGUAUUAGUCUCAAAGGACCGCGCCUCAUCCCUCCUAGCACAAAUGGUCCUCCUAAACCGAAUUCUCUCAGAAAUCAACGACUUCAACAUCAAAGCCGCCAACACAACUCUCACAGAAGAAUACAAAACAAAAACCAUCUCAACCCUCUCCGCAAACCUUUCCACCUGGCUGAAAAACCUACCGGAACACAUGCACGACACACCCUCGAACCUCCAAUCCUACGCCUCCCAAGGCCAAGGCCAGCUCUUCGUAACCCUCUACUUAGGAUAUUAUCACUACGGCCAGAUGCUCUUCUACCGCUUCCUCCACGAAGACGUCCGAGGUUACACACCGCGCACGCACUUCUACGCACAGCAAUGCAAAGAACACGCCGUUCGGCUCUGCGAGAUAAUCUACCGCUCCGAGGAACUACCUGGGUGUGAUGUGCUGUACAGUAUGGUCGGACAUGUGCUCGUUAUUGCGUCAACAGUGCAGAUCCAUACAUUGCUUUUCGGGGAUGAGGGGAGUGUCGUUCGGGCGAGGGCGAGGCUUGAGAAGAAUUUUGUUAUCCUGACUAAACUGCGUGCCCUGUGGCCUACGCUCGAUAUUUGUAUGGAGCGGUUGCAGGCUUUUCAUCGGGCUUGUAGGAGCUCGGUUGAUACUAGUUUUUGUAUGGAUGGAUGGAUGGUAAGGUUCUUGGUUGAGUUUGCUAAUCCGAUUAGCGACAAGGAAGGGGGUGUGAAGCGGCCUUGGGCCUUGGAGGAGAUUGGGAUUUGUUAG